AUGUCAACCAAAUCCAAUUCUCCCGAUUCUAAUGAUAAUAAAUAUGAUAGUAGUAAUCAAAUUGUUCUUUGGAAAUACGAUAAUCCAUACGCAAAUUAUAAAUCUGAUCUUGAACGUCUUUUUAUAAUUGGUGAUUGCACUGUAAAAAUCACACAAAAAUUAUCAGAAAAAAUUGAUAUUUCUCAAAAUACUGGAAAUGUAGUUUGGGAUGGUGCUUAUAUUUUGAGCAAAUUCAUAAUAAAUAAUUUGAGUAUGCAUAAUGAUAAAGUUGAUAAUAAAGUUGAUAAUGGACGACAAAUUAGUUUUAUUGAACUAGGGUCUGGAUGUGGACUCGUUGGCCUGUCUGCCUGGAUAUCUGUGAUUUGUACAGAUUUACCAGGUGAAAGUAUCAAUCACACAAAAUUAAAUAUUCAGAAAAAUGUUGCAAGAAUAUUGGAUGAACAAGAAAUUAAUAAAAAUAAUGAGAAGAUGAUAUUAUUGAGAAAAGAAGAUAUCUCCACACAUGAACUAGAUUGGACAAAUCUUCCAAAUAAUAACUCAUCAAACAUCAAUAAUUAUGAUAAUAAAUUAAAAUCAAAGACUUUUGAUAUUAUUCUGGCAUCAGAAAUAUUUUAUCUGCCAGAGUUACACGAUUCUUUAAUUAAUACUAUAAGAUAUUUUAGUCAUAAAGAUGAUAGUAAUGAUGACGACAAUAAGAAUAUGAAUACUAAUUGUUAUUCAAAUACACGACUUUUAGGAAUCUAUAAAGAACAUUGA